UUACUAGAAAUUCAAAACCUCCAUAGAAACAGUCGACAAGCUGUAUCAACUAAGAACACGACGGAAGCGAAAGACACUGCGGAAACCACCAUCAAAAUCAGCAAGCAUCUUUUAUCACAAUGGAGAGCACAUCUGUGUCAAUCUAAGAGUGUCAUGUGCUCAUCAGGUCCCCCAGGCCCUCCCGGUCCACCUGGGACAAAAGGAGCCCGGGGACGAAGAGGACAGAAAGGAAGAAAUGGAAAUAAAGGAGAUCGAGGCAUUAUGGGAUCACCAGGAAAGAGCGGCAAACAAGGCAUUAUCGGACCUGGGGGGUUAAAGGGAGAGCCUGGAACCAAAGGUGAGAAAGGAGAUGUAGGGCCUGCAGGCAUGCCGGGAACUAAAGGCGAGCCCGGUGAAUCGAUAUCAUCUCCUACUGUUGUUGUUUCUCCUGUGACGUUGACAGUGAACGAAGGUGGAUCAGCCUCGUUUCUGUGUUCGGCCAGCGGUAAUCCUGAGCCUGCAGUAGCGUGGAGUAAACUGGACAAUCAGUCAGAAAUCAUUCAGUCAGCGGUUUCAAGAGGAAAGCUGCAAUUAAAGCACGUGACCGGAAGUGAUGCAGGAUUGUAUCAGUGUUCAGCAACAAACAUCCUGGGGAAUUCACGGGAAGUAGUGCAAUUAACAGUAAACGUUCAUCCUCGUGCUUCUUUGCAUCCGGGACCUUCUUACGUCAUCGAAGGGAGUAGCGUCACUUUACCGGCCUGUCACGUGACCGGAUACCCGGCUCCUGUGGUCACCUGGAGGAAGUUGUCUGGUCAGUUACCCCAGGGGAGGGUGCAGUAUAACAACACUGCUUUACAAAUCUCACAUGUCCGUAAAGUUGAUUCUGACGCCUACUUCUGUUCAGCAGUCAACCUUUUAGGAAAUGUUGAGAGGAAAACUCUACUAGUUGUGGUUUCCCUUCCUGUGUUUACCGUUAAACCCCCUGGAAAGGUUUCUGUUGGUACUGGCACCUCUUUGACGUUAAACUGCAGUGCCAUCGGUGAUCCACGUCCAGUCAUCAGUUGGAAAAGACAAGGAGCAGCACUUCCCGUGGGGAGAAGCCACAGGACAAACGAUGCGCUUGUGUUAAGAGAUUUGAAAAAAGAGGAUGCCGGGAUAUAUGUGUGCGUGGCAACAAGUGCAGGAGUGUUUGAUAUCGAGGCCAUUAGUGAUGUUGAAGUUCUAGCAAGAGGGAAAGAUUGUUCAGAUCUGGUAAAAUCAGGCCAUACUCAGAGUGGAGUGUACUCUAUCAACCCAGACGGCACAGGACACUUCAUUGUCUACUGUGACAUGCACACUGACGGUGGAGGCUGGACCGUGUUUCAACGAAGACAGGAUGGCUCGGUAGACUUUUUUCGGGGAUGGGACGACUACAAAGCAGGCUUUGGUCAGCUGACUGCUGAGUUCUGGUUAGGAAACGACAAGAUCCACAGGCUGACGGCUUCUAGACCCAGCUCGCUACGAGUGGAGCUAGAGGACUGGAACGGAGUGUUACUAGAAAUUCAAAACCUCCAUAGAAACAGUCGACAAGCUGUAUCAACUAAGAACACGACGGAAGCGAAAGACACUGCGGAAACCACCAUCAAAAUCAGCAAGCAUCUUUUAUCACAAUGGAGAGCACAUCUGUGUCAAUCUAAGAGUGUCAUGUGCUCAUCAGGUCCCCCAGGCCCUCCCGGUCCACCUGGGACAAAAGGAGCCCGGGGACGAAGAGGACAGAAAGGAAGAAAUGGAAAUAAAGGAGAUCGAGGCAUUAUGGGAUCACCAGGAAAGAGCGGCAAACAAGGCAUUAUCGGACCUGGGGGGUUAAAGGGAGAGCCUGGAACCAAAGGUGAGAAAGGAGAUGUAGGGCCUGCAGGCAUGCCGGGAACUAAAGGCGAGCCCGGUGAAUCGAUAUCAUCUCCUACUGUUGUUGUUUCUCCUGUGACGUUGACAGUGAACGAAGGUGGAUCAGCCUCGUUUCUGUGUUCGGCCAGCGGUAAUCCUGAGCCUGCAGUAGCGUGGAGUAAACUGGACAAUCAGUCAGAAAUCAUUCAGUCAGCGGUUUCAAGAGGAAAGCUGCAAUUAAAGCACGUGACCGGAAGUGAUGCAGGAUUGUAUCAGUGUUCAGCAACAAACAUCCUGGGGAAUUCACGGGAAGUAGUGCAAUUAACAGUAAACGUUCAUCCUCGUGCUUCUUUGCAUCCGGGACCUUCUUACGUCAUCGAAGGGAGUAGCGUCACUUUACCGGCCUGUCACGUGACCGGAUACCCGGCUCCUGUGGUCACCUGGAGGAAGUUGUCUGGUCAGUUACCCCAGGGGAGGGUGCAGUAUAACAACACUGCUUUACAAAUCUCACAUGUCCGUAAAGUUGAUUCUGACGCCUACUUCUGUUCAGCAGUCAACCUUUUAGGAAAUGUUGAGAGGAAAACUCUACUAGUUGUGGUUUCCCUUCCUGUGUUUACCGUUAAACCCCCUGGAAAGGUUUCUGUUGGUACUGGCACCUCUUUGACGUUAAACUGCAGUGCCAUCGGUGAUCCACGUCCAGUCAUCAGUUGGAAAAGACAAGGAGCAGCACUUCCCGUGGGGAGAAGCCACAGGACAAACGAUGCGCUUGUGUUAAGAGAUUUGAAAAAAGAGGAUGCCGGGAUAUAUGUGUGCGUGGCAACAAGUGCAGGAGUGUUUGAUAUCGAGGCCAUUAGUGAUGUUGAAGUUCUAGCAAGAGGGAAAGAUUGUUCAGAUCUGGUAAAAUCAGGCCAUACUCAGAGUGGAGUGUACUCUAUCAACCCAGACGGCACAGGACACUUCAUUGUCUACUGUGACAUGCACACUGACGGUGGAGGCUGGACCGUGUUUCAACGAAGACAGGAUGGCUCGGUAGACUUCUAUCGGGGAUGGGACGACUACAAAGCAGGCUUUGGUCAGCUGUCUGCUGAGUUCUGGUUAGGAAACGACAAGAUCCACAGGUUGACAGCCUCUAGACCCAGCUCGCUACGAGUGGAGCUAGAGGACUGGAACGGAGGUAAAACGUAUGCCAAAUAUGGCAAGUUCAAGAUUGGCGAUGAGCAGGCGCAGUAUCGACUUGAAGUGGGUUCAUAUUCAGGGACAGCGGGAGAUUCGUUAGCAUGGCAUAAUAACAUGGCGUUUAGUGUGAAGGACAGAGAUAAUGACAGACGGAGCGGUAAAAACUGUGCUGUACAAUAUACUGGCGCCUGGUGGUACAACAAUUGCCACUACUCCAAUCUAAACGGAAAAUACCUGGGAGACACAAGUAGUUCCCGGGGUGUCAAUUGGUACUACUGGAAGAAUGAGUAUGUCUCACUCAAAUUUACUGAAAUGAAACUGAGGCCGUCGUCGUAAAAAUAAUACCAGUAUAUUACACCUGAGCUUUAACAAUUAAUUUUGUUAUGUUAUACAAUUGUACUUUAGUCCAAAGUAAAUUUUCUCUGCUGUUUCUCAUCAGCCCUCGGUCUCUCCCCUUCCCUCUCACCCUCCUCCAACUUUACGCUUGCUUUGUUUCUAAAUUUCUUGUGUCCGGCUACAGAGAAAAUGAAAACAGUAUGCGUAGCCAAGUAACCAGUGAGAAUUUCUCGAUUUCCUUUUGAUGAUAGACUUUCGGUAUUGGAAAUCAUGUUGACAACUAUACUUCGUUAAAUAUUAACGUUAGUUUGGCCUCAAGUGCAUGAUAAUUUCCCGCGAAAGUAGAAUUGAAAACCCAAUACUUCGUGAAAUAUGAUUUUGUAUUCUUUUUAUCAUUUUCAAAGAGACCGACUCUGGGAGCCUUUUUCGUCCCCAAACUCCUGAAUCCUUUAUUUUACCGUAUUUCUCUGUCACGGCAGCGCCCAGCGGUGAAGCUGGGCUGUUGUAGCAAGGCACAGGUGACUUUUAGUAAGUUAAGUUUAUGUUGUAUGAAACAUUUCAAGCUAAAGGCAGUAAGAAACUUUGAGAAGAUCAAGAAAAUGGGCCAAACACAGCAAUAAGUUGCGUUACUGUCCGGCAAAAAAGUAACAAAGGAAAGCCAACAGGGAGAAUAAGUAUCACCUUCAACGGUAAACGUCCGCUUGCUGUUGACUCUCUGUUUGCUUUUCCUCGAAUUCUCUCAAUAAAUUCAUGAGAAAACUUAAAACAAAAGCACUUUCACGGAGAAAGUGUAAACAAAGAACUAAACAUAAUGAGAGCAAACCUUGAUAGAUUCAUCGAUCGAUCGAUUGAUUGAUUGACCUCCCCUUUGCCAUCCUCUUCCUAAGAACUCCAAGAAAGUUGGUUACGUUAUUUGAAAACUACAUUUAAAAUUUCCAACGACUGAAAUGAGAGACAAUUUAUCAGUGAGUGAAUGAAAGCUUUAGCUUUGCCCCUGGAAACCAUUAGAGAAAUCAAGAGAUUAUUAUCUCUUGCUAUUACCCAUCUUUGGUUGUUUAUACUAAGAAAUUGUAAAAAAGGAUUGUGCACUGUAUAUAAUCUAUAAUAGUAAAUGAGUAUGGUUUGUUUUCAUAGUUUUUAUAACUCCUCUCUUUCCUAUGUAAUAGUUCACUGUAAAUUAUGCUUACUUUUUCUGUGAAUAAGAGACAGCCAACUGGAAAGCUCUGUUACUUUGGUUGCUGCGCACGGAUUUAAAACUCAUAUGCCUUUCUGAUAUAACCUACAUUUGCUUUCUACUUUUUCUGUACUUGUUUUGCUAUGUAAUCAAAAUAGUGUGAAUAAAGAUUUGAUUUGAUUUGGU